AGUAUUCACUACACAACAAAUUAAUUUGCAAAGAGUUCAACUUGGAGAAAUAAAAGAUGAACAAGUUAUUUGUUGUGUGCAUGCUAGUGGUGACAUUAGCAGUAGGUGCAAUGGCUAAUAUGGCAGAUGAUGAAAAAGAUUGUGCAGACCAACUAGGAAAUCUGGCAUCAUGUGUUCCAUAUGUGAGUGGCACUGCUAAAAAGCCUACACCUGAAUGUUGUGAAGACACUCAGAAAGUUAAAGCAGCUAAGCCAAAAUGCCUUUGUGUUCUCAUCAAAGAGAGCACUGAUCCAUCCUUAGGCCUACCUAUCAACACUACUUUGGCUCUUCAAAUGCCAUCUGCUUGCAACAUUGAUGCCAAAGUCUCUGAUUGCCCAUCAAUACUGAAGAUCCCAGCAAAUUCACCAGAUGCAAAGAUCUUUAAAAUAGAUGAUUCACCAGAUUCUAGCACAACCUCAUCACCUGCUUCUGCUUCUGGUUCUACUAGUUCAGACACCAAGGCUACAACUCCAGAUACCAAGACUACUACACCUACAAGCACCAGUGGGGUUGCAAAGAAGAGCACCAGCAUCAUACUGACUAUGUCACUCACAGUAAUUGCGCUGAUCUUCAUUUAGAUAUUUGACUAAUGAAGGCUUUAACUUAUGGCAACUUAAUUACUGGAAGCUAGGGAUCAAUCAUCAGUACUUCUAUAGUUAGUUUGUGUUUCCCCGUUUUUAACUUGUUAUCCUCUAAUUAGGUACAAAUAAACAUAAUAAAUUAUCAAUUUGCAGUACUAUUUCUUUUGUUACUCUUAAUUUUUAUCCAAUGGAAGUUAAUAAAUUUUGUUAUGCUUUUCCUAUUA